AUGGGUGAAACUAGUAGUGAUGUGGAGGAUGGCUUACGCCUUGCUUACUAUCCAAUCAAGCAUGGUUGGGAGGAGUAUUUUCAGAAUAUACUUGGGCAUAAUGGAAAACAGGAUUUCUAUGAAGAUUUGUUUGAGGAGCUUAGCAAAUAUGGAGAUCUUCAGAGCCUUAACAUCUGCGAUAACUUGGCUGAUCACAUGGUUGGUAAUGUUUACGUCCAAUUUAGAGAGGAAGACCAUGCAGCCAGUGCACUUCAGAAUCUUAGCGGAAGGUUUUACGCAGGGCGUCCCAUUAUUGUUGACUUCUCCCCUGUGACGGAUUUUCGUGAAGCCACAUGUAGGCAGUAUGAGGAAAAUGAAUGCAAUCGAGGUGGAUAUUGCAAUUUCAUGCAUCUGAAAAAGAUAAACCGUGAACUGAGGAGGAAGUUAUUCGGGAGGAGUAGAGGAAGACAUGGCCGCAGUAGAAGCAGAAGCCGUAGUCCUCGCCCGCAUGAUUAUGAGGAUCAUUCACGUGGUGGCCAUGGUUCUGGAAGAAGAAACGACCAUCGCCACCAUGAUAGAGGCAGGAGGCCUAGAAGCAGAAGUCCUGGUCGCAGAGGUGGGCGAAGCAGAAGCCCUGGGGGAAGGAGAAACAGGAGUCCAGUUAGGGAAAGCAGUAUGGAGAGGAGGGCAAAAAUAGAGCAGUGGAAUAGGGAAAGAGAUCAGGCAGAAUCUGCUAGGGGUAACGUCAAUGACAAUAGUAAUGGCUUUGAACAUAGUGAAAGUCAUUCUGAUCACAAGAAUAUACGGUCGCCAGGAUCACCGGAGCAGGGAAAUGAAAGUUACAACCACUGAUCAACUUGGUUUCAGCGUUCACGGUUGGCGCUUUUCUCUCUGGAGAAAGAUUACCCUAAACAACAAAUUGAAGAAACCAACAUUUGUUUUUGUAAUGUUCAAAGGGAAAAUGGGUUUUAUCACCAGGACAAUUGUGGUUAUGUGUUAUCAUUAAAUUUUAUGAGGCUUGUACUUCUGGUGUCCCAGAAAAUUUAUGGACUUUCUUCCCCAUUAGUGCUGUAGAAACUCUGUAUUUCUUGUCCAGUCUGUACCGUAAGUUUCAGCAAAUUUGCAUUGGUUGAUGAAAAUAUUGUCAUGCUUGUUUAUUUAUUAACAGUAUUGUGAGUUGGGCAGCCAUAUAAA